GGCAACAGUGGCGUCGCAGUGCUGAGCGCAGAGUGUCGCAGGUCGAAGGACUCAGUUAUCGCGUAGCCGCCGUGUGUGACGGACGGACGCAGCUUGGUGUCCGAUUUAAAGGGACUCUUGGUGCGAGAAGUGCAUUCAAUUAACAUAAAAUGUAAUUAGGGAGCCUCUCUCCGCCCCUCUUAAUCAAACGCAAACAUCGGGAAGUGAGCCGCGGAGACAAAACGACUGCCAUUGAAGCGCCUGCAAACAAUUCCAGCAUGCCAGUGCACUCGAAACUCAAUCACGUUGAACGGAAAUCGUCGCAAAUUAAACCAGGCGCAGCAUCGGCAUUGUGAAUGCAGCAUUUCACCUCCACACUCGAGUGGCAAGAUGAAAAGGUACAAGUGUGCAUUCUAAAAAUAACAAACAACUCGAGUGCGAUAAAAACAGCAGUUGCUACCAAGGUAUAAAGUGCCAGCGUAAACACAGCCGGAGAAGGAGCGAAAACAAACAUCGGAGCCACCUAAAACGGCGAACAAACAGCGGAAUCCUUGCAGCGUCGGUGUAUCGGUGUAUCGGUGUGUCGGUGUAUUGGUGUGUGUGUGCUAGUGUGUGUGGCCAAAGGAGCCAAGGAAAGAGUCAGAGCAAAAAUGUGCAAGUAAUGUGCAGCAAGCAAAGUGCAAUGCCAUCCGUGAAAUCCGCCGAAAGUGAGAUUCUUCUUGGGAUUAUAAGGAGCGACAGCAUGACGAGCGGCAAUUCCCUCAGGUCCUGCCUCCUGCUGGCCACCAUCCUGGGAUUACUCUGCCGGAGCAAGGCUUUGCCCUUUGAGUAUGUAGAUGAGCACGAUGACUUCAACUACGACCUGGACACGGCGCAGUCCCAGGCCAAGUACGACGCCCGUCUGCUCUCGCAGCAGAUGCUCAGCGAUGCGGAGCUGCAGCGGCAGGGGCUGAGCGACGCCCAGGACAACGCCCUGGAUGGGAACUCCCCGGCAGCUCAGGGGACUGGAGCCGGAUCUCACUUGGAUGCGGGCUCCUCUGCCCAGGAGGACCUGGAGCCGCACAGCAGGGCAGCGGCGUGCUUCACCAACGGGCACAAGUACCCACACGGACAGAAGGUUCCGCGCCUGGAUGCCUGUGAGGUGUGUCUCUGCAUGGACGGCGAGAUCUUCUGCUGGUGGGAGAAAUGCGAUAAGGCCAAUGUACACAAGACGAGGACGGCGGGGGACAACGCAGGACUUGGACUUGGUGUUGAGGAUGACGAUGACGGUGACGGUAACGGUGAUGGUGACGCCGACGGCGAUGGCGACUAUUCAGAUCCAUAUCGCCACGAGAGCACAACGGGAAAGUCAACAAAAGUGCACAAGGCGGCGAGGAAAGUUGGCAAGCGGCAUAAGCAUCACAAGAACCAAAAGAAUUUUAAUGACUACCAAGUUUACCACAGCCAGCGGGAGAAGCAGCUGCAGCAGCGGCAGCAGGCGGAUUAUAAAAAGUCCGCCAUAAUGCAGCAGCUCCAGAUGCAGCAAAAACACAAGAGCGACAAGAGCGGUGCUGGCAACUACAAUAUAAUCAAGCAACACAAACACGAGCAGCAGCAGCAGCAGCAGCAGCAGCUCAAAAUACCGCAGCAGCAACAUCGGCAACAGCAGCAGCAGCAGCAGCAACAGAAUGCGGCAGCUUUGGGUGUUAAUCACGCAGCAAAGGCAACGCAUUAUCAGCAGGCAGCCUCGACGUCCCUGCCACCGCCGCCGUCCCAGCCGCCGCAGCACAGCCACCACCCGCACCAGCAGCCGCAUUCGUCCAGCAAAAUCCUGAACUUCCCCGAGAACCUGCCAGCCCUGCUCUACUACGACUACAAGACGGAGGAGCACGAGCACCACCAGCACCAGCACCACCAGCAGCACUUGCUGCACGAGAAGCAGCGCUUGCUACAGCAGCAGCAGCAACAGCAGCAGCAGCAGCAGCAGCAGCAACAGCAGCUGCAGCAGGAGGCGUUGGCUCGACAAAGGGCAUCUGAAUCCGCAUCUGAGCCCGACUCGCGGGCUGGAGGCGCAGCAGAGGCAGGCGUGGCACCCAGCGGAGACUUGGCCGCUGAUAAAAACUCUGAUGAGGCGGAAACCGACAGCGAUAUUCUGCCGGAGCCGCCCACCAAGCAGCCCAAGGCAGCUGCCACACAAUGGCCAGCUCCUGCUGGCAGCAGCUCGGCCAGGGCGUUGAUGGCGAGCAACGUGGCAUCCACAUCCACAUCCACGGCUGCAACAACGACAACGACAAAGACAUCGAAAACGACAACGACAACGGGAAGGACGACGACAACGACGACAGGCCCAAGUGAAAUGGUGACAAGCACGCUGUCUGGAAUGGAGAAGUCCGGGGCCACAGUUGCAGCCAGAGAUCUUGGACAGAUGCAGCCCGAUCGCCGUGGACCGGACGCGGAGCGCGACGACGCCUUCCACCGCUGGCUGACAUCCACCGAGCUGAAUGCCGACAACACGAACUCCGUGGACGACAGCCUGGAGCGGGAGACGCCGCCAUCGACCAUAAUCGAUGAUGUUGGCGCGGCCAACAAGAGUGACAGGAGCAUCGGCGGCAUCGGUGGCAUCGGCAAAGACAAUGGCAACGACGCCGUCUUCUUUCGCAGCUCGUACAACGACUACAGCAGCGAAUUCAAUGGCAGCGUUGUCAAUAUUGACAUUACACUAACUGCAGUUGAUGUGCAUGCCCGUCGCCAACCGGAUUUAAUUGCAAAUGGCAACAAAACGUCGGGCGCUAACGACAACGGCAGCAGCAACGGCCAGGUUGGAGCAGCAGGGACAACAAUAAACCCACAGGCCAUCAGCAGCAUCAGCAGCAUCAGCAGCACCAGCAGCACCAGCAGCACCAGCAGCAGCAGCAGCAAUCAGGAGCAGCCGCAGCAGAGCCCUGUUGUUCCGCCGUUCACCCUGACAACGAUUAUUACAACUGCGCCGCUGGCACCAGGGCGUAUGUGCAAUGUUUUGGGCAAACUGUACAAAAUCGGAGACAUUCUGCCGCAGGACACGGGCAACUGCCUGCAGUGCAUCUGCACGGAUGCCGUGACUCCGGACGAGAUGCCGAGCGUCACCUGCAGUCCGCACAACUGCCCACCGCUGGUUCUUCCGGAUCUGUUCGACGCGACUGGUUACUGAGGUUACGGGUUUGUGCUGUAAGUUGCUGCAACUACGCUGGCGACGUGGCAGGUGGCAGGUGGCAGGCGCUGUGGCAGCGCUUGAACCGAUCGCACCGUGAUUUGAAUUUCGAAACCGAAAGCCACAACUGCAGCCAGCCAACGCAAUCGAAUCACACUCCAACUCACUCUCAACUAACUCAACUAACUCAACUCAAUAUGAAACUCAAUGAAUUGUAUGGAUUUCAGUGUAAAGCCCUCCCUAUCACAAGUGCCCCGAGCACUCUCUAAAGCGAACCUAUCAGCAGACAUAUAUUAUAUUCGUACCAAGCUAUAUGGGGAGAGGAGGAGGUAGCAGUUGGUUCACGUUCACAGUCUAGACUCUAAGCUGAAUGUUUAUGCAUUUUAUAAGAAUCCGUAUUCAUCUCUCUCCGGAACAAAAUCCAUCAAUGUAUACAGCAGUAGCAAUCGUAAAGAAUUUAUAGAUGUACCAAAGAAGUAUAUAUACGAGUACAACCAUAUAUCUACUCCAUGGCCAUAUCCAAACCUAUACCUGUGCGUAGCGAGUUCGGUGGGAUCAGUUAAAUUACGUAGAUUAUUUCCCGACUGAGAGGAAACCGUGUAGAGUUUUCAGUGUACUUAACAAAGGCGAGCCCCAAGCGAAACGAGUAACUUAUACAAAUACACGACGUAUAGGCCACUAAAUCUAAACGAAAAAAACUGAACAAUGACAAAUAAUGAACAACGUGCGUAAUAUUUUAGUUUUGAUAUUAAAAGCAAACAACGUAUCCUCAUUUGCAUGCAUGUUAUUGUUUCGCGCUUCUUUUGAAAUUACAGCAUACGUAAUCUAUGAAUCGAAAAUUGUAGUGUGUAUGGCCAUUAUUUUAACAAACACGAAGUUGGCAAGGAAAGACACCAUAUCGAGUAGCUAUAACGUUUUAAGGAAUAACCGAAUAACCGCCACUGUACUUAAAAUAAACUUAGAACCUCGAACUCUCGUACAGUUCAGUGAAUUCAAAAUUUACCGAGUUUACGGAAAAUGGAAAAUCUAUUUCUUUUGGUUUCCGGUGACAGAGGCAGCAUUUAUUUCAAAGCAAGUUUAGGCGUGAUAAACAUUGAUUUAUUCGAAGGGGUUAAAUUAGGCGGAAUAUAUAUUACUUGAAAAGUAGAAAACAAUUUCGAUUUUAAGGCAAAUCAAAAGGCAUUCGAGCGAGUUUUUUAUAACCGAGUUCGAUCAAAACUAUAUAGGCAUGUGAACCAUGGAAUCAAAAUGCAAAAUAUACGUACAUGCGAACAUAGCGAACAGACAAGCAUACAUAUUUAUUAUUGAUGUUCCACAAGAAAAGCCCAAGCGGAAAGGAAAAUAGAAAAUAGAAAGGAGAAAAAUCCAUCUCGAACGAGCGUAUUAAAAAUGUAUACAAAUAUGCGUAUUUAUGUAUGUGUAAAAUAAAUGUAACUACAACUCUCUACUAAUCUGCAACUCGCACACAGAUUCAGAUGCACCGGCGUCCUGUGUUUAAAUGGAAUUUGUGUUUGAACUCAAAUUGAAAUCAAAUCGACAUGAAUAAACCGAAACCCAACUAA